CUAUUACUACUUUAACUCAUGAACGCAUCCUUUAUCAAUAUGAAAAUUUGUCAGAUUUGACAGCAGCCAGCGACGAAAAACGCACAUUCGGUGAAAAUUUUGAGAAAACAUUUUAUUAAUUUAAACGAUUAAUUUUAGUGAAUUUCUGUGGUUGUGUAAAAUGUUAUAACUAGAUAUUAACCGGAUUUGGCAUUGAUUGAGCUUACGGGAUAUGGAGAAUACAGUUUCUAAGGGCCGGGGAGGCGGGCUGGCGGCGGUCCUCGGCGUGGCCAACGUCGGGUCCCUUCUCGCCGCUCUCAACCUGGUUACCGACCUGCACCCUUCGGAUAAGAUCACACCGAGACGAGGCUGCGUGCUCACACUCCUCGGCCUCGUAUAUUUCACGACGCUGUUCGAGCUACUAAACACGCUCGCACUAUCCAGUAGCUUACGACAGAAGUACCGCCUCAGUUGUGGCGAUGUCCUCGACGUUACCAACAAACUAGUGUCAGCGGUCCAAGCCGCGUUCUGCUGCAUCACGGGCGCCAUCGUGUGCCUCUGGUCGUGCACUCGCGACUUCGCGCGCACCUCGCACUUCGUGUCCGAGGCCUACGCGUGGUUCGGGGCCGCUUACUUCUUCUACGACAUCUGGUCCAUGUACGCGGUUCACGUCCAAAUGACGAUUGGUGACGCCAAAGGCAAGCGGAAGACCAAAAAUGGUUCAUUGACCUCGGUGCCUGUCAAACAGGCGCCGUCUUUCUUCGCAUACUGCACACACGAGCCCGUGAUUCUGAUGCAUCAUCUAUUCAUCGGUGGUUUUGGUUUCCUGACUAUCGUGUACUUCCGCGGCGGCCUCGGCGACUGCGUGUUCGGCUUCGUGUACCUCAUGGAGCUGUCCACACCGUUCGUGUCCCUCCGCGGCAUCCUCUCAAGGCUCAAGAUGAAGUCCACCCGGGUCUACCUCCUGAACGGCAUAUUAAUGCUACUCACGUUCCUGUUCUGCCGAGUGCUCAGUCUGCCGUACGUCUGCCACAUGUAUAGCAAGGCCGUGGGAAUGUCUUAUUUCCAGGUAACUCAUUAGAUGAAGUCCACCCGGGUCUACCUGCUGAACGGCAUAUUAAUGUUACUCACGUUCCUGUUCUGCCGAGUGCUCAGUCUGCCGUACGUCUGCCACAUGUAUAGCAAGGCCGUGGGAAUGUCUUAUUUCCAGGCCGUACAAUCGCUGCCAACGGGCUGCAAGAUCUCCAUAAUGAUCCUGCUGCUGCCGCAGCUGUACUGGUUCUACCUGAUGUCGGCCGGCGCGCUCAAGGUGCUGCGCGCGCCGCCCGCCGACAAGCGCAGCUGACCCAAGCGCAGGAGGCGCCGGUAGGCACGCACACACACGCGCACACACACACACACACACACACACACACACACACACACACACACACACACACACACACACACACACACACACA